AGAGUGCGCGGCAGGCGGCGGCGGCGGCCGGGGAGGCCGGGGAGGCCGGGGAGGCCGCUGCGCGGUCACUGCUAGCCGUGCCGAGCCGAGCCGAGCCGCGCCGAUCGCCAUCCGGCCCCGGCUCUCGCGCGCGAUCCCGGCCGGCGGCGCGGCCCGGCGGGCCCGGCGGCGCCGCAGCCCAUGGAGCUCGAGAACAUCGUAGCGAACACGGUGCUACUCAAGGCCCGGGAAGGUGGCGGUGGGAAUCGCAAAGGCAAAAGCAAGAAAUGGCGGCAGAUGCUCCAGUUCCCCCACAUCAGCCAGUGUGAAGAGCUGCGGCUCAGCCUCGAGCGUGACUACCACAGCCUGUGCGAGCGGCAGCCCAUCGGGCGCCUGCUGUUUCGAGAGUUCUGUGCCACGAGGCCGGAGCUGAGCCGCUGCAUCGCCUUCCUGGAUGGGGUGGCCGAGUAUGAAGUGACCCCGGAUGAGAAGCGGAAGGCAUGUGGGCGGCGGCUAAUGCAGAAUUUUCUGAGCCACACGGGUCCUGACCUCAUCCCUGAGGUCCCCCAGCAGCUGGUGACGAACUGCACCCAGCGACUGGAGCAGGGGCCCUGCAAAGACCUCUUCCAGGAACUCACCCGGCUGACCCACGAGUACCUGAGCGUGGCCCCAUUUGCUGACUACCUCGACAGCAUCUACUUCAACCGUUUCCUGCAGUGGAAGUGGCUGGAAAGGCAGCCAGUGACCAAAAACACCUUCAGGCAGUACCGAGUCCUGGGCAAAGGUGGCUUUGGGGAGGUGUGUGCCUGCCAGGUGAGGGCCACAGGCAAGAUGUAUGCCUGCAAGAAGCUAGAGAAAAAGCGGAUCAAGAAGCGGAAAGGGGAGGCCAUGGCGCUGAAUGAGAAGCAGAUCCUGGAGAAAGUGAACAGUAGGUUUGUAGUGAGCUUGGCCUAUGCCUAUGAGACCAAGGACGCGCUGUGCCUGGUGCUGACGCUGAUGAAUGGGGGCGACCUCAAGUUCCACAUCUACCACAUGGGCCAUGCUGGCUUUUCUGAAGCACGGGCUGUCUUCUACACCGCCGAGAUCUGCUGCGGCCUGGAGGACCUGCACCGGGAGCGCAUCGUGUACAGGGACCUGAAGCCAGAGAACAUCUUGCUGGAUGACCACGGCCACAUCCGCAUCUCCGACCUGGGACUGGCUGUGCAUGUACCCGAGGGCCAGACCAUCAAAGGCCGUGUGGGCACCGUGGGCUACAUGGCUCCAGAGGUGGUGAAGAACGAACGGUACACAUUCAGCCCUGACUGGUGGGCGCUAGGCUGCCUCCUGUAUGAGAUGAUCGCAGGCCAGUCACCCUUCCAGCAGAGGAAGAAGAAGAUCAAGCGGGAGGAGGUGGAGCGGCUGGUGAAGGAGGUGCCCGAGGAGUAUUCGGAGCGCUUUUCCCCACAGGCCCGUUCACUGUGCUCCCAGCUCCUCUGCAAGGACCCCGCCGAACGUCUGGGGUGUCGUGGGGGCAGUGCCCGUGAGGUGAAGGAGCACCCCCUCUUUAAGAAGCUGAACUUCAAGCGGCUGGGAGCCGGCAUGCUGGAGCCGCCCUUCAAGCCUGAUCCCCAGGCCAUUUACUGCAAGGAUGUUCUGGACAUUGAGCAGUUCUCCACCGUCAAGGGCGUGGAGCUGGAGCCCACUGACCAGGACUUCUACCAGAAGUUUGCCACAGGCAGCGUGCCCAUCCCUUGGCAGAACGAGCAGAUGGUGGAGACGGAGUGCUUCCAGGAACUGAAUGUCUUUGGGCUGGAUGGCUCAGUUCCCCCGGACCUGGACUGGAAGGGCCAGCCACCUGCACCCCCUAAAAAGGGACUGCUGCAGAGACUCUUCAGUCGCCAAGAUUGCUGUGGAAACUGCAGCGACAGUGAGGAAGAGCUCCCCACCCGCCUCUAGCCCUGAGCCUGAGGCCCCCACCGGCAGUUGGCGGUAGCAGCUACUCCAAGCGCUGUUCACAGUUUUGCACAGUGGUCUUCCCCAUUGUCCACUCAAGUUGUGGCCUGGGGAACACAGACGGAACUGUCCCCAGUGUCCCCCACCCCUCAGCCCCUGGCCUGGCUGAGUGUGGCAAGGCCUGGGCUGUCCCUGGGACAAAGGUGCGUCCCUUCGGCUCUUCUCCGUGGAGCUCGGGGCUUUCUGUAUUUAUGUAUUUGUACGAAUGUAUAUAGCGACCAGAGCGUUCUUAAUCCCCACCGCAGACCUGGCGCCCCUGCCUUGGCUCCUGGGGGCAGCCAGCCCUGGCUGGGAGAGUGGGAGCUGGCAGAGGAGCCACUGCCAAACUCAAGGCUCCUCCGGCCCAGUUUGGACGGCUGAGGGUGGUCACAGCCCUGAGUCCUCAGCAUUGUGCUGGGCCGCACCCCUGCACCUCCCCAGCCUCUGAGUAAGACUCAUGCCUGCCCCUGCUGCCCUGGGCUCAGGCUGCUACCCUGUAGGGCCCAAAGCUGUCCCUUCUCAGUGCUUGUAAGAGCUGGAUCUGGGGCAUCUGUAUCCCCUAGGCCUGUGCCAAAGUGGCCAGAGAUUGGGCUGGCUGUGAGACCCAUCAGUCUACUGCCCCAGCCGGCCCAGAUAGGUCUGCCUCUGCCUUCCGGCUCCCAGGGCCUGGUCCCUGAUGCCAGGCCCUGUCCUGAAGACACCUCUUUCAGAAACACCCAAGCCCAGCCCCUAGGAGGGGGUGGGGCAUCCCUGGACAACCCUCAAACAUUCCGGACACCCCUCAUAACAAUAGACACAUGUGCCCAGCAAUAAUCUGCCCCUUCCUGUGUGCGCCUGUGGGGUGUGCGUGCGUGUGUGUGUGUACCUGUGUGGGUGAAGGGGAUAAGUUGAGGCUGUGCCUGUGCCCCAGGCCCCAGCCCUGGCCCUUCCCAGACUGUGAUGGCCAUCCUGGUCCCAGUGUUAGGGUAGCAUGGGAUUAUAGGGCCCUGUGUUUUCCAUAUUUAAAGCCAAUUUUUAUUACUCAUUUUGUCCAAUGUAAGCUGCCACGUGUCUCUGUGUGAAUACAGUCUGAGCACAAACCUG